AUGGGCAUAGAAUUCAACAGAGACAAAUAUUGGUUGGAUAGAAUUGGUACUCGAGAAGUUGUUGGGUAUGGUAUAAACGGACAACCCGUUUAUUUUGACAUGUCUUCAUUUCCAUUUCCUGCAAUUAGAUAUAAAGAACCCACCAGAGAAGUCCAAGCUCUUUUGGAGAAGCAAAAAUGCGACUGGAGACUUCUUACAAUAGAGGAAAAACGUGAACUUUACAGGAUUAAUUUUUGCAGAACUUUUUCUGAAUUUCAAGCAUCGACAUCAGAAUGGAUGGAAGUUGUUGGUUACGGUUUAAUUAUGGUAUCCUUAGGUGUUUGGAUAUGGAUUUUCUUAAGACUGAUAAUUGAUCAUGAGGUUCCCAAAUCCUAUAGAGACGAUUGGAUUUUGGAGCAGAAUAGGAGGAAGUUGAAUAUUAGACAUGAGCCUAUUUUAGGAUUUUCUUCUUAUUAUGAUUACAAGAAGAAGGAUUGGAAGAAAGGUGGGUGGAUGAUGCCACCAAAUCCUUACGAAGGCAUGGAUGAAGAAGAAGGUGAAGGAACAGCAUCAAAAUAGGUUACA